AUGCCGGCAACACGUGAAAACGAUGCCAAAGGCGCAAAAGAUGCUGCGGACGACGAAGAAGAGGACUACAUGUCCAUGACGAUUGUGGAACCGCAAGAGAAAGAGACGUUUACGCAGCGGAAGCUUCGACAGCAAAGAGAGGCAGAAGCUAGAGCCAGAGUCCCGUCGAAAGCCGAACGCGCAGCCGAGGAAGCUGCCCGUCGCGAAAAUGCGCUCUCCUCGAGCGUCCUCGACCCGUCGAACAAGGGCUUCAAGAUGAUGGCUAAGCUGGGGUUCAAGCCGGGAGACCGUCUUGGGAAACAGACAUAUGACGAUUCUUCGUCUCAAGGAGAUUUAUCAGCGACCGCCAGUGACUGGGUUCAAUCCCGUGCGGAACCGUUGCGCCUGGUCGUGAAGGAAGAUCGGGCGGGAAUUGGACUGGAUGGCGAGAGGAAGCGCAAGUUUAGAGAAGAAGCCGAGCAAGUGGCCAAGAAGACGAAGGCAGAAGAGGGAGAGUACAGAGAGCGGAUGAGGCUGGAGCGCGAAGAACGAAGAACGGAAGCACAGGUCCGCGCGGCGCAGCAGGUCGCAGAGAAACUGGAUGCAGAGGCGGAAGAGGAGAAUGACAAGGUGGAAGAGACGGAAGGCAGCCGGGAUACUGACCCCAAUGCUGGAGAGAAGCCAUCUGCCAAAAGACCCAAGAUCAAACCAACAUCGAAAAUCAACGUUCUUUAUCGCGGCCUUGUCCGAGAACGUGAGGAGAGGGAACGUGCUUUACGGAGUCGACAGGCUUUGGAGAACUCAUUACCAUCGUCAUUCUUUCCAAAUCCACGGUUGCCAGGCUAUGAAGAUGCCACUCUCGAUCGUGACGACAAGCGCGCUAUCGGGCUCGAUCCACAGGACACCUCGUUUGUCGAGCAGGAACUCGAAGAAGAGGAUCCGGAAUUGGACGAGUUCAACGCCCUAGACGCGAAGGAGCGGCUUCGGAGGCUGGUGAUGUACCUGCGCGAGAAGCACCGGUAUUGCUUCUGGUGCAAAUACCGCUACGAGACGGACGACCUGGAGGGCUGUCCUGGAGUGACAGAGGAGGAUCAUGAUUAG